UACUAUUUAUAUAUUUUAUUAUCUCUGUAUUUUAUUAAAUUAUAAUAAAAGAUAUAAAUAAAUUAUUCAGAGCAGUAUAAGGGUUACGCGAAUCGUAAAUCUUUCUUUCACUUGUUUCCCUCCCUGUUAACGCGGGCGCACACACGCACAUACAGACACACACACACGCACGUACACACACGCACGCACACACAUACACACACACUCAUACAUUAUACACACACACUAUUUCGUUAAAAGUCUGGCUUGUGUGAAGAUAAAGUAAUUUUGCCGGUUAAAAACCUGGUUUCGUUUAUUAUUCUUUAUUAUUACUUCUUUACUUUUUUCUUUCGAAUUCCUAUUCAACAAACAGCAGCUUCAUCCAUCUGGAGUCGAUAAAAUAAAUACCAGUUAUCGACUGUUCCCUUCCUAAGUAUGUGAGGCUUUGAUAUUCAAGUUAGUCUAUUUCUGUAGCAAACUCAAUGGAUCCAAGCAAGAAAGAUACAUUGAUCCAGUGGUUGAAGGAAAUAAAUUCAAGCUUUCUCAUAGAAUCCCUACAUAAUAUGAAAGAAGGAGAGCAGUCUACUGUUUUAUUAAACAAAUUGAAAGCUACUUCAUAUGAUCUAAAUACUAAGAAAGAAUGCUUUGAAAUUAUAAAGAAGUUUAUUGAGGAUAAAUAUGAUCAAAGUCAUGUUGAACAAGUAAAUUUUGACAAAGAUGAUGAAGUAGACCUUGCUAAGAUUGCUAUCCUUAUGUUGAGAGUUGGGCUUGAAGGGGAACACCAAGAAGACUUCAUAAAGGCAGCACUCUCAUUGAAUGAGCAGUCACAGCUAGAGAUAAUGAGCAUCCUGAAAGGAAUUUUAAAUGGUGCCUCAGCUGAUCUUCCGUUAGAUAAGCUCCUCAUCAAUAAAUCUUUGGAAGCAUUUGAUUCUGAGGAUUCUUCUGAAAAUAGUUCUCAAGAGAAUUCUUCUGAAAAUAGUUCUCAAGAGGAUGCAACUGAACAAUCUCCAUUAGCUUGUGGUUCGGAGGAGUUACUACAUGAUGCUUCAUCAAACUCAAAUUCUGGGAGUGCUAACAUCUCACCAUCACAGAGGAAAAUUUCUUUAACAUCUAUUAAUAUGGCAAACGAAGAAAUUGAACAGAAAAAUAUGCUUCUCAGGAAAUUGAAUUGUAAUUUGAAGCUUGAACGACAUCUUCGCUCUGAAAUGGAAUAUGAUCUUGAAGAAAAGAACAAAACUAUUCUUUUGAAAGAUGACAAGAUCCAAGAACUGAGUAGCCAAAUUAAAGAAUUGAAGAAAUUGCAAAACCAAUCAGAUGACUAUAACAACCUUAAGGAUCAAUAUGACAAAUUAAUUGCUGUUGCUGAUAAAAUGAAAAGUCAAAGUGAUGAACUAAAAUCAUUGAAGCUGGAAAAUUCUUCGUUAAUAAUUGAGAAUGCUAAAGUGUAUGAAGAACUGAAUGAAAUGAAGAAAAUGAAAAUGCAAUUGGAGGCAGCUCAGUUAAAUCGAGAUAAGUAUCUAGAGGAGCUACAAUCAGAAGAAAGGAAAUGUUUCGGCCUCCAACUAAAUUUGGAUUAUAAACAGAAAAUCUUGGAUGAAACAACUCACAGCAAAAAAAUUUUAGAAGAAAAUUUAGUGAAAAUGACAGAAAAGUAUGAAACACUAAAAAUCAAUUAUGAGGAAGAGACAUUUGCAUUCUGGUCAGAAAAACAACCAACUGGAGAAAGUAUGAAUGUUAUAACAGACCUUAUACUGACUGAAUUAAAGGCUGAACUGGAAAAUAUCAAGGCAACAUGGAUUGCUCCAGACAUUUAUAAACAAUUAAAGAUGGAUCUUUCAAAAGUAACAUCUGAACGAGACGUUUUCAAAUCACAGUGGUUGAAUUUGCAAGAAGAAUUUAUUAGUCUGAAAUUGAACAAGGACUUAUUUCAAAAUGAGGUGGAAAAAGAGAAUAGUGAACAUGAUAAUGUACAGCACCAACUUUUGGAUAAACAGCUCACUAUUGAGAUACUGAAAGAAGAUCUUGAAUCUAUUUGUGUAAGGGAUUCUAAUUGGCAGCAGAUUGAGGAAAUAUGCAAAUCAGAACAACACCACCAAACGAAGGUUACUCCAGUAAAAUCUUCUAUACAAAACUUUGCUCAGAAAAUUAUUCAUGCUACUAAGACUAAUAUUUCAACAGAAGAUACAGAAUUUGAAAAAGUAAAAUUGUUACUGGAAGAAAAUGCAGAAAAUAAGAAGGAACUGACAAAGCAGCCUGAGGAACUUGUAAGAGAAAAGCAGAACAUUUUAGGAAAAUUAGAGCUAGAAAUUGGAGAUACCAAAGAGCAUGUAACCACUUUUAAACCUAAACUAGAAACUAUAAAUCAAAAUGCCAGUGAACAAAAAAGUAAAUUAAAGGGUGAUUUUGAAGAACCAACCAAAGUAUAUAUUUUACAAUUGGAGAAAAAAUAUUUGGAGACACGUAAAGAAGUGGAACAAAUCAGUGUACAACUUUGUGAAAAGGACAAGAGAAUCUGUGAAUUAACAAAAUCCUUAUCAGAGAAAUCUUCACUUGUUGAGGAAUAUCUGAAUUCAAAUAAUGAACUGACAGAAAUCAUUACCAGCUUGAAAGAGAACGUUUCUGAGAAAAAAACUGAGACUAAUUUACUGAAAAAGGAGUUAGAAGAAAAAUCAGGCACCAUCAGUGAGAAAGAUGCUAAACUUGAUGAACUUACUUCUCUUGUUGGAGAGAUGCAACAGAAGAUCUCAGAAAUCUCUCAGAAACAUUUUUCUGAAAUUAUGACAAUGGAAGAAAAACUCAAAAAUUUUAAAGAUAUCCAGGCUAAGCUUGGUCAAAAGGAAGAAGAAUUGGCAAAUCAGCAAGCUGAAUAUUAUUCGGUUGCUGCUGCUUCUAAUAAAGUCUAUGGGCAGUAUGAGGCAUCAGUGAAAACCUAUCAAGACCUAGUCUCAAAACUUUGUAAUAAAGUGGAGAACCAAGAUAAACAAAUUGUAUGCCUUCUGGAACAAAUGUCAGAUAUGAAACUAAAAGCUGAACAAGAAUACAAUAAAAUGAAGAGAGAACUAACUGAAGAUAAUGAAGAAGUGAAAGUUUCCGAGCAAGAAUUGAUUAAAAUCCAAAGCGCCUUUGAAGAAACAAUUGUGAAGAGUAAAUCACUAGAGGAGCAUCAAAAAAUGUUGGAAGAAAAACAACCAACUGGAUAUAGUAUAAGUGUUGUAACAGACAAUUUAAUGACUGAAUUGAAGAGAGAAUUGGACAACAUUAAGACAACAUGGAUUGCUCCAGAUAUUCAUGAACAGUUAAAAGCUGAUUUUUCAAAACUUACAUGUGAACAAGACAUUUUAGAAUCAAAAUGGUUGAUGUUACAUAAUGACUUCCUGAGUCUGAAAUCCAACAAUGACUUACUUAAGAAUGAGAUGGAAAAAUUGAAAGUUGAAUAUAAUAAUGCACAGCACCAAAUUCUGGAUAAACAGCAGACUAUUGAGAUAAUGAAAAAAGACCUUGAAAGAUCUCCAGUAAAAUCUUCUAUACAGAACUUUGCUGAGAAAAUUGUUCAUGCUACUAAGACUAAAAUUUCAACAGAAAAUACAGAGUUUGAAAGAGUAAAAUGGCAACUGGAAGAAAAUGCAGCCAUUAAGAAGAAACUGGAAAAACAGUUUAAGGAACUUACAGGAGAAAAACAGGAUGUUUUAGAAAAAUUAGAGCUAGAAACUGCAGAUUCCAAAGAGCUUGUAACUGCUGUUUUAAAACCUAAACUAGAAACUGUAAAUCAAAAUACCAUUGAACAAAAAAGUAAAUUAAAGGGUGAUUUUGAAGAACUAACCAAAGUACAUACUUUACUAUUGGAAGAAAGAUAUUUGGAGGCACUUAAAGAAGUGGAACAAAUCAGUGUACAAUUUGGUGAAAAGGACAAUAGAAUCUGUGAAUUAACAAAAUCCUUAUCAGAGAAAUCUUCACUUGUUGAGGAAUAUCUGAAUUCAAAUAAUGAACUGACACAAAUUGUUACCAGCUUGAAAGAGAAAGUUUCUGAGAAAAAAACUGAGACUAAUUUACUGAAAAAGGAGUUAGAAGAAAAAUCAGGCACCAUCAGUGAGAAAGAUGCUAAACUUGAUGAACUUACUUCUCUUGUUGGAGAGAUGCAACAGAAGGUCUCAGAAAUCUCUCAGAAACACGUUUCUGAAAUUGGAAAAUUGCAAGAAAAUCUCAAAGUGGAAUAUGAAGAGAAAAUCUCUUCUAUUACAAGUGAAUAUGUGAAUAAGAUAACCAACAACUAUGUAUGUAAGUCUUUGAUGGAAAUACGAGAAAAAGAACAUUCAAAUGAAUUGGAGACUAGUAAAGAAAUGUUACAUCAAGAAUACAAUCAGAAGAGUUGCUGCCUUAUUGAAGAAUAUGAAAAGAAAUUAAGAUCUGUUUCGGAGGACUUUGAGAAAAAAUUAUCCUCUGAUUAUGUUGCAGUUGGUAAGAUUAAUGAACAAAAUAAAAAACAUAUCCAAGAAGUUAUACAAAUGAAAGAAAAACUUGAAGAAUAUGAAGGGAAAAUAAAAUCCCAGGAUGAAGAACAUAAAGAAGCUUUGCAAAAAGUAAACAUAGAAUCUCAGGAAAAUAUCUCCAAAAAUUAUAUCUCAAAAGAAGUGUUUGAAGCUAAGCUAAAAGAUGAGACCAAAGAGUAUACACAACUUAAACGAAAAUAUGUUGAAGAAGAAGAAAAAUUACAGAGAGUGUUGAAAGAACAUGAGGAAAAAUUAGCUCAAGUUACUUUGAAUUAUGAAGAGAAAAUAGCUACUGACUUUGUACCUCGACAAACAUUUGAAUGUGAACAGGAAAAGCAUGUUACAGCUCUUCUGAAACAAGAAACUUUCUAUAAAGAGAAGUUAGAGUUACUUGAUGAAGAGCACAAAAUUUUCAUUAAUAAUAAAACAAUUGAAUUUGAAAAUAAUAUUGCAACUAAUUAUGUGCUGAGAUCUGAUUUUGACGAUGUCCAAGCUAGGCUAAGUGAGAAGGAAAAAGAGUUCUCUAAACUACAAGCUGGAUAUGAUUUAGAUGUCACUGCUUCUGACAGUGUCAAGGAACAGUAUGAGACAUCAGUAAAGACAUAUAAGAAAGAGAUCACAGAAAUGUGUAACAAAGUUGAGAGCCAAAACAGACAAAUUGAAUGUCUUCAAGAACAAAUUGCAGGGAUGACAGAAAAAGCUGAACAGGAAUACAAUGAAAUGAAGGGAGAGCUGAGCCGAGAUCUGAGUAAUAAAGAUGAAGAAAUGAAGACUUCCAGGCAAGAAAUGAUUAAAAUACAAAGCGCCUAUGAAGAUGAGAUUACCAAGUGUAAAUCAUUGAUGGAACAGAUAAACAGGUUGAAAGGUAACCAUAAUAAUGUGAUAACUUCUUUGAAAGAAUCAUUCCAGUCUGAAAUAAAGCAUAUGAAAGAAACUUUUGAAAAAGAGUUUUACAGGAGAGAAGCUAUCUACAAUACUGACCUCAAAAAACUAAAUGAUUCCCAUUUCCAAGAAUUGACUUUAUCACAAACCAAAUGGGAGAAACUUCAUCAGACUCAAUGUGCCAACAUAAGUAACUAUGAGAAAAUCCUGAGUGAGAAAGAACUUCAGGCUGCAGACAUUAAGCAGCAACUGUUGUCUGAAAAGGAAGCCAGAGCUGAGCUUGAAAAAUGUCUUGCUUCAAGCAAGGAAAACCAUGAAGAAGAGAUUAAGAAACUAAAUAGCAUCAUAAAUGAAGCUAGAGAAGAGUACCAGCAGCUGAAAAAGAAGAAUAGUGGCACUGAAGCCUAUUUCCACAACAGGGAACAGCAGAUAACCACAGAUCAUACCAAGACUUUGUCCAAAGUUGAAGAAAUGAAUACGUCCUUGGCUAGUUGCUUACAGAUUUCUCAAAAAGAGUUAGAGAUAUUUAAAAAGAAGCAUGAAAAUAUAUCUGCUGAGAUCGAUCAUCUCAAAAAACAACUAAAGACAACCAAACAAGAGAGGCUAACUAUUAUUGGUAAACUCCAAGACUAUAGAGUGUUUUAUGUACUAUUUACAGUAAUGUUAUGUUCCUUCCUCGUGGUGCCUAUUUACAGUUAACCAACUGGGCUGUCUGAUAAUGACAUAUCCUGGCCAUGAUCUGAACAUAGUGUUGCUGACAGGAUACACAUCACCAACUUUGAUAGUUCUCUGAUGAGUCUUUGAAAAGUCCAGGCUUGAGCACAAUGAAAAAAGUUCCUUAUGAUCUGAGGUGCAGAACUAGUAACACAUGGAACAAGAUGAAAGUAAAAGAUUAUAACACAUCACCAAUAAGCAGUUGCCUCAUGGGAAGCCCUUGAGAAGAAAUUUUACACAGACUCUUUGAUGGUAAUUGAUGUUGUGACCUGUGUCAUGCUUGUGCCUAAAGUCUAUCCUGAGAAUUCUGUCAUUGAUGAAUCAAUCAAAUCUGACAAAGUAUUGCUUCUCUAUUUUUGUUUUGCUUAUAUUCUACAUAUUUUCUAAGAUAUUUUUUAUUAUAUAUCUCAAAUUUCUUUCUAAAUUUUCAACAAUUUGCUUUUUCUAAAUCCAAAUAAACUCUUCAAAUUAAACUA